AUGGGUAAACGCCGCAAGAACAAGGGAGGCAGUCCACAAAAGUCACCGCAAAAGCAAAGUCCACAAAAAGGAGCCCAGCAAUCGACUGCCUCCAAUACAACCCCUCCCACCUCCAACACGACGAAUGCCGCCUCUUCGAUCCACAAUCGACGCCGAACCCCAUUAUCUGCCUCUUCCACCAAGGGCUUGGGAAGCAGGGCACUGAUAAUCGUGGCCUGUCUGGGAUACUUUGCUCAAAAGCAACUGGCGCCGUAUUUUCUACCCUACGGCCCGGCCGUCAACAUGCAAGAGGGACCCCCUCGUUUCCAACCAGUCGAUCCCUCCAAUGACAAACUCCGGGGGAAGCAUGGCAAACUGACCAAAAUUUACGAACGAUUGGAACAUGAUGUUGGCGACGAUGACACGGAACCACUCUUACUCCAAGGCCCCGAAACGGUGCUCUUUCAUCCCAAAUCGGGAACCAUGUACGUGCUCACGCAAGAUGCCCUACUGGUCAGUCUGACGGAUCUAAAACCGCACAACAGCAAUAAUGAGGAUGAUGGCGCCACGACGAAAAUAGUGACGGCCAAGACCACCAAAGUGGCCAAUCUGGGUACCGGCCGACCCAUGGGAGCGCGAUUCACAUCCGAUGGGAAAACACUCUACAUUGCCGAUGCUCUACUCGGUCUGCUGCGCAUUGUCAAUCCACACGACUAUCCCAAAUCCAAAGUCGAAAUUGUUGCCAAUCAAGUCACGGACGGCAAUAACACAACCAAGAUACUGCAUGCCAACGACGUCAUUAUUGGACCUCGAAGUGGAAAAGUGUACUUUACGGAUUCUUCCGAUAUUGGGCCCGAACGCAUGGGGACACAACAAAGCUGGGACACCAUGUAUGCUGCCACCAUGGACUGGGCGCGUGGCAAACCAACCGGACGGUUGCUCGAAUACAACCCCAAAAACAAUCAACUCAAGGUUCUGGCAACAGGCUUGUGGUUCUCCAAUGGUUUGGGCAUUGAUCGAGAUGAAUCUUCCAUCAUGGUAGCAGAGACAUUUGCUGGACGAGUAGUCCGGUAUCAUUUAAAGGGUUCCAAAGUGGGUACUGUAGAGACUUUGGUAGACAGCACGGACCUGCCCGGGUUUGUGGAUGGGCUAGACUGUGGACCGGACAAGCAUUCCAAGUGCUAUGCAACCGUGCCGUCGGCUGCGGGUCGGUUCACAGAGCUUCACAGAAUAUGGCGCAAUCUGGUCUUGCUAUGGCCCCGAUGGGCAUUUGCACGAAACGGUGGCAGCCCGUAUGGUGGUGUGGUGGAAGUGGAUCCCAAGACCCAGCAGAUUCAAUACUUUCAAGAUCCCAAUGGGGCGGAUAUAGCUCAUGUGACUGGUGUCACGGUCUGGAAAAACAAACUCUACCUUGGGUCCUCGAAGAACAACUUUAUUGGGGCGUAUGAUUUAAAGAAGUAA